AUGAUACCUACCUCCUUGAACUUGAGAAAUACCACAGAAAAUGUCAAUAUCCUAUAGAAUCAUGUUACAUAUUUAUUAUUUUGCUUCUCUCACAUCUAUUUAUAAUAAUUUAUUUCCAACAGAAUCUCCUUGAAUUUGGGUUUGAGUGAAAGAAAAAAGAAAGAGUUUAUUGAUAGAAAAAGAGUGAAUUGUGUUGUGUCUGCGUGCGCAAUUGGGAGAGAAGAAUCAACGUCGAAAGUUGCUUUGCAUUGCCGCAAUUAUGGUGAAUACUCAAGAGCUUCUGGCUCAAAUGGAGUCAGAAUAUUGUCCCCCACUCGAUAACAGUACGUUUCGUGCAAUCAUUGCAGAUUACGAUCUAUCCAAUAAAGAGCAAAUCGAGACUGCGCGCAUGGUUUUGGACAUGAUAAGGAAAGAUGCAGAGUUUGAAGAAGCUACUGGCUUCGAUCCUAGUGGAACUUGGGGCGGACCAUACACAAAUAGAGGGGAAACUUCAGCAGAGCAGAAUUCGCAGAAUGGCAAUAGCAGAAACGAUGAUGCGAGCACAAGUAGUAAAAGUGUACCUGGAUGGAGUAGUUCUACAGACGACACAUUAAGUCAGAGAACAUCUUCACUAGAUCUUUUAGAAGGAUUGGACUUUCCUGGCAGUGAAGAUACUUAUAAGGGAACUGACUUUACGGAUUCUCUUGAGGGAAUGGAUGUGGAUAGUCAAGAGAAUUUUUUGCUUGCAACUUUCAAGACCCUGAAGCCUUUUGAUGUCAAAUAUUCCCUAAAGAAGUCCAAAGGAAAUGUUAAUUUGGCAAUCGAGGAUUUGCUCAAUCUAUCCUUCCUCGAGGAAACAGGAUCGAGGAGACGUGGUAUUGAAGCUUUCUCUGAAAGUUCCGCGUCACCUAAAACCCGCAAACAAAAAGGAAAGAGAAAAGGUCGAAAGACUGAAGCCUCUGAAAGCAAUUCUACUGCAGACGAUUCGCCCCUUACUGCUGAAGCGAGUAAAUGGGAGACGGGUAGAAAAGAUGUCGAAUUUCUAUCUACCAGAACCGGCUUACCGAUGCAACAAAUCACUUCAUUGUACCACAAUAAUGGAGCAUCUGUCAAAGCGACAAUCUUAUCAAUUAUCGAAAACUACCCUGCCACCGAUAUGGAAGAGGAAGACCCAAUAAUCGAAGUUCAAGCAAUGGAACUCGGGGAAGCUUUUCCUUCAGUUAAGCCCUCCCAUAUACUCAUUCUCACUCAAAUGACAUAUCCAUAUACAGCCAAUGCACGUGAGUUGGCAAACGCACUCAUAUCGACUCCCGUCUCCAAAUCUGGUAAACCAAACCUUCAAAUCGAAAUUCGACAUACGCCCCUUGUUAUUGACCCCUCACCCACGGUUUUAUCCGCUUCAAAACAAUACUCUUUAAAUGCCAUCUAUCCCACCCAUUCCACCUCGUCUAAUCCUGGUACACCACUCUCUCCCUCCACAGACGCAAGCCCUCACAUCAAUGCGCGCAACACUGCUUUCCAAAAAGCAUCUGCUGCAUACAAGAAAUCCAGAUCUAAUCCUCUAAUGGGCGGCGCAGCAGCCUAUUACUCCCAACAAGGACGAAAUGCCAACGUUCGUGUUAAAGAUGCCGAAAGUGCAGCCGCAGACGAAUUAGUCAUGAGUCAAUGCUGGAACGGUGGUAUAGAUUUACACGGAGUUGGAGUCCGAGACGCAGUGAGAAUUGCAAGAGAGAAAGUAACCAUGUGGUGGGUCUCGGAGGAACGGAGAAGACUCGGCAGUGGAUACAUACGAGCGGGACCACAAGAAGGGUUUAAAAUCGUAACGGGCGUGGGAAAUCAUAGUGAAGGUGGGAAAGGGAAGUUGGGACCUGCAGUAGCGAGAAUGUUGAUUAAAGAAGGGUGGAAGGUACAGGUUGGGAGUGGUGCCUUGCUUGUUACGGGGGUGGCGAGGAAGUAGAGAUAUUUUUGGUAGAUCUUUUUCUUUGGAGGGUAUAAAAGCAGGCGUACUUGAUGGUGUCGUUUGGUCAUUAGGUGAUGACAAAAGGCGUUUUCAGCGAUUGUGUGGGUGGAUGAUGGAGUUUGGAUAGCUUCUCGGUGAAUGUUGUUUUGUUUAUGAAUACAUGAGCGGAUAAAGUGUCUUACAAAUUUAUGUAGAUAGAAUUUAUAAGCGUCAUUAGAGUAGAUUAAUAUACUCAAAUUUUGCAUAA